UCUUUCUUUCUUUCUUUCUUUCUUUCUUUCUUUCUUCCUUUCUUUCUCCAUUAAAGCUGCAGGAAUCUUGCCGUUGGAAACCAUAGUAACGUGUAGCGUACAUAUUAUGGGAUGCGGUAACUAUAGUGACGUAUACUCAAAAUGAGGUGACAGAAAACGGGUAUAAAUAAUUGGCAUUAUUAUAGCUGAAAAUACAAAAUUAGUCGUUUUAUUGUGAACAGAUCAGGCUAAAACAAAUACGAGUGACUGAAACAUGAGCAUUUAUUUGUCCUAAAGCGAGAGAAGCAGUGAGUACAGUGUCACAGAUCAUCUAGGGGACUGUAAUAUAAACCCAAACAGUUAGAAAACUAUCACAAACAGUACACUUUCCUGGAUUAGAUUAAUACCAGUCGAGGAGACAACUGAAGGAAUACGAUUUAAUGUUAUAUGGUCUAAAACACAGCCGAACAGCCUCAGAAGUGAGUACAGUUAACCAGAGGAGGGAAAAAGUGCAUCAGGAUUGGACAUGCUAAUGGAGAUGUCCAUGUAGCCAUGCUGAGUUGGAGCUCAGAAAACACACAGAGGGAUGAUGGUUUCAGGCGUCACUUUCUGUUCAAUCCAAGACGGGGAAACAGGAUUUAUUAUAACACUCAUCAACAUUCAAAAGAUCUGUUCUUCAAACACACGUCAUCUCUUUUACCUCCAGUUGCCAAUCCAACACGCAGUGUAAACAGCAAGGAAUCACCUUUCCCUGUUACAAAGUCCUGUACUUUAAUAAGAUGGAUACAGACUUAACGCCGCAUCGUCAGUUCCAGUAUCGAUUACGACAGCAACAAACAACAAAACCAGCAACUCUAAAAAUAGGAGGAUUGAGAGCCGAGUGUGUAAUCUCCCCAACAUUAUGUUAGCCACCACUGAUCAGUCGUACGCAGAUCCACUAUUGGGAGCUUCCUCGUUGUUCAUCCAGAGACUUCUGGAAAUGUCCAGCCUGCAGGAGAAAACAGUCCGCCAAGAGAAGGUCAAAGAACUCAAGAACAGGAGACACGAAGACUAAUCAUACAAUCUGAUGAUCAUACAAUAGACAAUAAAAGCGAUUCUCAGUCAGAAAUCAAACAUAAAGAGUUCGCCAAAUUCAGAAUGUGGUCAGAAAGCCAAGACAUGUUUGUCAUAUGUGACUGCAAAUGUGCUUUCUUUAGUUUUGCACCGUAGCUACAAAGCUAAUGUAGCUAAUUAAUGAGGGAAGCUUAGAGCCUUAUUAGGGCAUCAUGGAAAUUAACAUCACACUCAGUUAAGUCUGCUUUGUCUAGUUGUUCAGCAUCAUGUUGACUUUGCCCAGUUUGACUGAAUCAAAUAAUGUCUAAUGAAUAAGUGUGAAUCAAAUAAUGUCUUUCAAGGAAAGUGUGUAAUGAUUUGAGUAUGAAGUUUAAAUAAAAAACAAACUUUUUACUAGCUAAAACUUAUAGCUAGCUAAAAAAUAUCUGUACUUGGUCAAAAUACCAACAAUAUAUAUAUAUAUAGCUACAGAUUACAAGUCGUCUGCUUGGUAACUAGUGUUGAAUGAUUUCUAGAACAGUACAGUGAAGUCAAACUCAAACCGCCGCGUGUGUGUGUGUGUGUGUGUGUGUGUGUGUGUGUGUGUGUGUGUGUGUAUGGGUGGGGGUUCGCACAUAUGUAAGAGUACACUAUUGACUCUGCCCAUAAUUAGCAUAAUUAAUCAUCCAUUGGGUGGAGCCAUCAUAGUGUCAGAAUCACACGGGAACUUGUGCUCACAUGUUCACGUGUCGUGGUUGGAACGGUAUGCUUUCAACUCUUUGUUGAAAUAAAACUACUAAAUAUCUAUACAUACCGUAAUUUAUUUAUUUGAUGAAUUAUUUAAAAGGAUCUAAAUUUGAUCGGAUUUGACCAUAACCAUAUUCGAUUCACUGACAAAUGAAUCGUUUGAUUCACCAACAACUAAAUCAGUUUGUGACUCACACACAACUACAUUAUUAAACAUGCCACAUGCUGACUCAUUACUUUUGCCAAAUGAAUCUUGUCCUAAAUGAUUCAAGAAUAGAUUUAAUUGUGUUGUUGUCUUUGUCUUAGAUACAAAACCCCAGCAAUGCCUUUGUCAUUGUUAAUGAGUGUGUGUAUUGAUCAGUGUCCUUAUCGAUCAGUGUUUUAAUUGAUUGUUUGUAUGGAUGGAAACACACACACACACACACACACACACACACACACACACACACACACACACACACACACACACACACACACACACACACACACACACACACACACACACACACACACACAUUUAAACCACAGACUGAGAGGUGCUGAGUGUCUGUUGGUGUAUUUUAAUUUAACAUUUUUAUAAAGUAGCAGCAGUAUGAGUUCCCUGUUCCGCAGUGAGGAGAUGUGUUUAUUGCAGCUCUACUUUCAAACUGAUUCAGCGCUCAGCUGCAUUAAUGAGCUUGGCCUUCUGGGACUUGUCGAGUUCAGAGAUCUAAACCCAGGGAUGAGUUCAUCUCAGAGGAGAUUUGUAAAUGAUGUGAGGAAGUGCGAGGAAAUUGAAAGAAUCAUAAAGUAUUUGGAAGGUGAAAUAUUGCGAUCUAAUGUUCGCAUCCCUUCCGGAUCACACAGUGAGGAAACUCGGUGUAGCAGAGACACGAUGGAGCUCGAGUCUGAGGUAAAAGCGCUAGAGCAGGAGCUAAAGGAGAUCAGCUUUAAUCACGCAGCGCUGAAGAGGAACCUGACCGAGCUGCUAGAGUCCAGCGCACUGCUCGGCAUCAUCCAUGAAGUCUUCCAGGAGCGUGAUGUGCAGCCGUCCUGUACUGACCUUCAGGAAGAUGGGCCGCACAUCACUCAGCGCUUAAACAGCAUCAGCACCAUCACAGCUCCCAAACUUUGGUUUAUCGCCGGGGUGAUUAAACGCGAUCGCUUCCCCGCGUUUGAGAAAGUCCUGUGGCGUCUUUUUCAUGAGAAUUUCCUGCUGCGCCAUGCUGAGCUUCAACAGCACCCAGAGGACGGCACGGUGCAGAAAGACGCGUUCAUCAUCUGCGUACAGGGCGAACAGGUGCAGGGAAAAAUCCGAAAAAUAUGCGAAGGGUUUAGUGUCAGUUUGUACCCGUGCCCGAACACGAUACAUGCUCAAGAGGAGAUGAAGCGUAACUUACAGACACGCAUCAAGGAACUGCAAAUGAUUUUGCGUCAGUGUGAACAAUUCUGUGUCGCGGUUUUAAAUAAAGCAGCAAACAGAGUUACAGGCUGGUCCAACCAGGUGCACAAGAUGAAAUCCAUCUACCACACACUCAACCUGUGCAACAUCGAGAUCACACACAAUCUGACCAUCGCAGAGAUAUGGUGUCCGGAGUUAGAUCUCGGACACGUUCAACGUGCGCUCAACAAAGCCGCUGAACACGCAGGUUCCAGCAUCAGACCCGUGCUGAAUCGCAUACAGAGCCCCGAAACUCCGCCCACGUUUAACAGGACGAACCGUUUCACCGCAGGCUUUCAGCAGAUCGUGGAUACAUACGGCGUGAACAGUUAUCAGGAGAUUAAUCCAGCUCCAUAUACAGUAGUGACGUUCCCGUUUCUGUUCGCUGUGAUGUUCGGUGAUUGUGGUCACGGGCUUGUCAUGUCUUUGAUCGCUGCCUGGAUCAUCAGAAAUGAACAGAAGUUAAAGCAACAGAAGAAUGAGAUCACGUCCAUGCUGGUGGGCGGCCGCUACAUCAUUUUGCUCAUGGGCCUUUUCUCUAUCUACACUGGACUCAUUUAUAAUGACUGCUUCUCCAAAUCAUUCAACAUGCUUGGCUCGUCAUGGAGUAUCAGAGCCAUGUUCUGGCCCAGGGGACCUUGGAGAAAUGAAACCCUGCACAAUUCGGAUCAUCUUCAGUUGGACCCUUCAGUACCAGGAGUUUACUCUGGAACUCCGUACAUGUUUGGAAUCGACCCAGUGUGGAAUAUUGCAUCAAAUAAACUCUCCUUCCUAAACUCCUAUAAAAUGAAGAUGGCACUUAUAAUUGGAGUUUGUCACAUGACCUUCGGUUUGACCCUGAGUAUAGUUAACUACAUACAUUUCCGAAAUCUCCAAAACGUGUUGCUGUGCUUUGUGCCAGAGCUCAUCUUCUUGCUGUCUCUGUUCGGUUACCUCGUCUUCCUCAUCGUUUUCAAGUGGUGCAUGGGUGUACAGUGUGACAGUAGCAUUCUCAUUAUCUUUAUCAACAUGAUGUUUUUCAACCACAAGGCUGAUGAGAAAUUCAUCUACAAUGGACAGAAAGCUGUCCAGAUAUUCCUGGUGGUCCAGGCUUUGCUAAUGGUCCCUAUAAUGCUGCUAAUAAAACCACUGCUCACUUACAGAAGUCAAGAAAUGAUCACAGACAAGGUCAGUCUGAGUGAUGUGUUUGUGUGCGAAGCAAUCCACACCAUAGAACACUGCCUCGGCUGCGUCUCCAAUACAGCGUCUUAUCUGCGGCUGUGGGCUCUCAGCCUCGCCCACUCAGAGUUAUCUGAGGUGUUAUGGCGGAUGCUGAUGCGCGUCGCUCUCUGCUCGGGUUCAUCACUGACACUCACGCUGAUCUUCUGCUGCUUUGUGUUGUUAAGUGCAUCAGUCCUGAUAGUCAUGGAGGGGCUGUCUGCAUUUCUGCAUGCUUUACGUCUGCAUUGGAUUGAAUUUCAGAACAAGUUUUAUAAAGGAGACGGAUUUAAAUUCACACCCUUGUCCUUCAAGAACAAAGAAACAGCCACGGUGAAGUAUUAAAUAUGAUUAUGACUAAAAAGUUUGAUAUGCAUAUAUGUAACACCCAUCACACAGUACAUUACAAUCGCAUGUGAUACAUUAACACAAUGAGCAUUGAUGUAGAAACUAUUUAGUUUAACUACGGUCACCUUGACGGCUGGGUGUAUAAAAAUGUUCUGUACAAAGAUAGAAGCUUCAUUCUGUUUUCCUGUGGUUUCUAUAGAUAUAGCGAAAAAGAAACUCUCUGUCAUUAUUACUUUUUUUUUAUUCAGAACGAAAAGCAAAAAUGUUUAAAGCGCUGGACAUUGUAAUGUAAAUGAAAAUCAGAUGUAUGUACACUGCUUAUUUGUUCAAAAAAAUGUUCCUUCUAUGUGUUGCAUGUUAUUGGGACUUAAUUGGGUCCACUUCAAAACUUGAUCAAUAAAAUAAAUUUUUUCAAAU